AUCAAUUCCACGUCACUCAGCGCUAGCAACCCUAGACAGCUCCCAAGCUUCUCCAACAAACCUCCGGCGCCGAAAAAAACCACAUUUCUAUCUGGCAAUGGCUGUCACAUUUUACGACCUCAGCUCAGUGGCUGGCCUCAAAAAGCUUGAUGAGUUUCUCUUAACUCGUAGCUACAUUACUGGGUACCAAGCUUCAAAGGAUGACCUCACUGUGCAUGCAGCUCUUUCAAAGCCACCAUCAUCAAAAUAUGUUAAUGUGGCUCGGUGGUACAACCACAUUGAGGCACUUCUGAGGCUUUCUGGUGUUUCUGCGGAAGGUUGUGGUGUUACUGUUGAGGGAUCUGCUCCCAUCACUGAGGAGGCUGUUUCAACUCCUCCAGUUGUUGACACUAAGUCCUCAGCUGCUGAGGAUGAUGACGAUGAUGAUGUGGACCUGUUUGGUGAGGAGACUGAAGAGGAAAAGAAGGCUGCCGAAGAACGUGCAGCUGCCGUGAAGGCAGCUGGAAAAAAGAAAGAGUCCGGAAAGUCUUCGGUCCUGAUGGAUGUGAAACCUUGGGAUGAUGAGACUGACAUGAAGAAGCUUGAGGAAGCAGUUAGAAGUGUACAUAUGGAAGGCUUGCUCUGGGGAGCUUCCAAACUCGUACCUGUUGGAUAUGGUAUCAAGAAAUUGCAGAUUAUGCUUACGAUCGUGGAUGACUUGGUAUCUGUUGACGAUCUUAUUGAGGAUCAGCUAACUGCUGAACCAGUGAACGAGUAUGUUCAGAGCUGUGAUAUUGUUGCCUUCAAUAAAAUAUAAUUCUGCGAUUUGGCUCGACAUGUUGGGAUUGGGAAUGUGGGCACAAGAUAUUCUUCGGUGCUAUUUUAAUUUUUGUCUUGUUUUCCUCUUUUUGACUGUAAGGUUCUUAAACUUUUUCCCCUUUUUGGGUUAUGAUCUUCAUGAAGUUGAUGGUAUCUAAUGUACUUACUAUGGCAUAAUGCCAGUUUUGAUUGGUGUUUUUCUUCCAUCCCCCCAAAAAAUUAUCUUUUCUGUAUAUCUAUUUAUAUGGCAUAUGUUAAUAGUGAAAGCUGGAACCCGAAGCUUGAUGCUGGCUUCGAUGAGAAAUACAAGGUGGAAUCACAGAUAAUUUGCCCUAUCUCUGGGACUUUAUUCUUCUUUUAGAUAAGCAUUUUUUUUGCUGUUUGUUAACAAGCAAACGGGUGUUAUUGAAGUUGUUGUUUCUUGGUAUUUUUUGACUUGGCUUUCCUCUUACUUUAGUGAGGAAUUAAUUCGUCCCUAUGCCAGAUGGGUGUUUUAUUGUAAUGCACGAUU